GAAGCGCAUAACAUUAUUUUCAUGGUGUGAGAGAGAGAGAGAGAGAGAGAGAGUUAAAAGAAGACGUUAUAGGAAGCUGGAACAUUAGAAGAAGAAGAAGAAGAUAAAAACACAAUAUGGAAGCUGUUGAGGGACAAAUCACAUGGGACUAGAACUCCUCUCCCAGACUCAUCAGAGAGAUCAAAGGAGCUAUUGUUGUUAGGGUUCUUCUCGUCUCUCUUAUUUUAGCUCCCUGUCUUUCUUGUUUCUGGGUUUCUGGGAAUUGAGGUCGGGUGGUUAGAGAGUUUUUGUGGGUGCGUGUGAUCUGGGUCUGUUAGAGUGAUCUGGGUCUGAGAUGGAGGAGUCUCGGCUGUGCCAGUGGACCGUCGUUAGAUCUCUUCUGGCUGUUCUUCAAUGGUGGGGAUUCAAUGUCACCGUCGUUGUCAUGAACAAGUGGAUCUUUCAGAAACUGGAUUUUAAGUUUCCCUUAACUGUAUCAUGUGUGCAUUUCAUAUGCUCGGCAAUUGGGGCAUACACGGUAAUCAAGGUGUUGAAGCUUAAACCACUAAUAGCAGUUGAGCCUGAAGAUCGCUGGAAAAGGAUAUUUCCUAUGUCAUUCGUGUUCUGUAUUAACAUAGUGUUGGGGAAUGUGAGCUUACGUUACAUUCCAGUUUCUUUUAUGCAAACGAUUAAGUCAUUCACUCCCGCGACCACAGUUUUUUUGCAGUGGCUGGUUUGGAGAAAGAGCUUUGACUGGCGAAUUUGGGCUUCCUUGAUACCCAUUGUUGGAGGAAUUCUUCUUACUUCUGUUACAGAGCUUAGUUUUAAUAUGCUUGGAUUUUGUGCUGCCUUAUUUGGUUGUCUGGCUACUUCCACGAAGACUAUCCUUGCAGAGUCUCUGUUGCAUGGAUACAAGUUUGACAGCAUAAACACUGUGUACUACAUGGCACCUUUUGCAACCAUGAUCUUGGGAGUACCUGCUAUGCUACUCGAAGGUAAUGGAGUUCUUGAAUGGCUUCACACCCAUGAGACUCUUGUUCCAUCCCUCACCAUAAUUUUCAGCUCUGGGGUAUUGGCAUUUUGUCUCAACUUCUCCAUCUUCUAUGUGAUUCAUUCCACAACUGCUGUAACAUUCAAUGUUGCUGGAAACCUCAAGGUUGCUGUUGCUGUCCUUGUUUCAUGGAUGAUAUUCCGAAACCCAAUUUCCGGUAUGAAUGCUGUUGGAUGUGGAGUAACCCUCGUGGGAUGUACUUUUUAUGGGUACAUAAGACACCUGCUAUCCCAACAGCUGCCAGGAGCUCCUCGAACACCCAGGACUCCACCCAAGACUCCACGAGGUCGUAUGGAGCUGCACCCUCUAGUAAAUGAUAAGUUAGAUGACAAGGUCUGAUGGUUCAAGUCAUGAACAAGGCUCUUGGCAGUCGGGAAAUUAUUUAUAGGAAACUGAGUACACAAAACUACUAUUCACUUUGGCUCUUUGCUUGUAAUCUUGGUUCAGACUACAGAUUUUUAAUAUAAGUUAUUUUUCCCCUUGCCAAA